AUGGUCUUCCCUAGCACCAGAUGGUUCUUUAUCACACUUGUUGUGCUUGCUCCAGUAUUGCUGAGUGUACGACCUGGCCGAGACAAACUCGCAGCGUCCCUCAGUGACAGAGCGCGCCUGCUCCUUCCAGGCUCAAAUGAGUUCACAGACGCGAGUCUGCGCUGGAGUUCGGCAGACCCGCCAACCUACAGCCUCAUAGUCCAGGUUGCAACAGAGGCAGAUGUGAAACUGACGGUCAAUUACGCGAACCGAAAACGCAAACCAUUUCUUGCUAUAUCCGGCGGUCACGAAACCACUUCGCUGGUCGGGGGCCUGAAGAACGGUAUCGGCAUUCAUCUCAGUCAGAUGAACAAUACACCCAUCGUGGACGACGGUCAGGCAGUCUUGAUCGAGGGUGGUGUGCUGAAUGGAGACCUUACGGCAACGACCGGCUGCGACUGUGUUGGCUUCAUCGCACCAAUCCUGGGUGGUGGACAUGGUUACAAUCAAGGCCGCUAUGGCAAAGCCACUGAUCAGCUUCUCUCUGCUCGUAUUGUGCUUACGAACGGCACUGCUAUCAAUAUCUCGCAAGAAGACAACCCGGACCUGUUCUGGGCAAUUCGAGGAGCCGGCCACAACUUCGGCAUCAUGACCCGGGCCAAGCUACGCAAAUACGAUGUUGAACCUGGUCAACACCAAUGGGCGGCAAGCGGCUUCAUCCUCUCCUAUGACAAGUUGGAAGCCCUGUAUGCAAUUGCCAAUGAUUGGGCGAAAGAUCCAAACAAAUCACCCAUUAUCAUUGCCUGGCUUUACUUUCAAGGCGCCUCGAUUCCCAGCGAUCUUACGGCUCCGCUCCAUGCACUCGCACCGAUAAGCGUUGAUUCUAGUGUCACCGAUAUUGCCGGCGCAAACGCUCAUCUCCUGGCCAACAAAGAAGGUGUCGCCUGCGCAAAAGGCUUCACGCGAAAGAUGGUCCCGAUAGGAGUCCAAGAGUAUGAUAUUGCUGCUAUACGCCAGGCGUUCGAAAUCUUUGGAAGCGUCCCACCGGCGUUCCGUAACUCCGUUAUGUUCACAGAAGGAUACCCCACAAACCGCGUUAAAGAGAUCGAUUCCGAUAGCACUGCGUAUUCUGAUAGAGCUGGAGAGUUCCUGCUUUCGCCUCUUCUAACAUACUCACCGAACGCGAGCCUUGAUGUUGUUGCUGACGACUACGAUGGCAGGAUACGAGACGCGCUCUUGGGAGGUGACCGUUCAAAGCUAGUGGCAUAUGUGAACUAUGCUCGCGAAGAUGAGACUAUGCAAGGAAUGUACGGCUAUGAGCCGUGGAGAUUGGAGAAGCUUCGCAGGCUGAAGAAAGAGUAAGAUCCCUUAGGGCGGUUCAACUUCUUCGCGCCAAUCUCGUAGAUGCUGAAAGUGCGUCUGUCCGAGCCUGCAGAACAAUUGACACAGAAUACCGGACAUCACCCAAUGACCGACUUCUGUCACUUUACCGGAUCUUGAGAUGAAGACCGGUGCUGGUAGGCUACGAUCUGACGUGCUGACCCAC